UCAAAGUAAGCUAGCAAGCACACAAGCAUUUGAAAUAUAAUCAGUAGAAAUUAGAAAAUCAAAUAUGGCAGCACUCAAAUCCCUUAGCUCCCCAGUAGCAGUGCUUCUCUUGCUCACUGCACUAGCAGUGCAGACUCAACUGGCUCACUCGCAGCAAUGCACAUCCCAGCUCAAUAACCUAAAUGUGUGUGCACCAUUUGUGGUACCUGGUGCUGCUAACACCAACCCGAAUGCUGAGUGUUGUAAUGCACUAGAGGCAGUGCAACAUGACUGCCUCUGCAGCACUCUCCAGAUCUCGUCUCGCCUUCCUUCUCAAUGCAAUCUUCCACCUCUCACUUGUGGUAACUAGUAGGAAGAAAACAAGCAUGAAGCCCGCUGGCAAGAGAGCGACCGAAGAAUAAUGCUGGAACUUCAAUCAUUGAAGUUUUCUGAUCCAUCAAUCUUUAUCAUUUCUCCUUUCCUUCUCUCUCUCUCUCUCUCUCUCUCUUUUCCCUUUAAAAUGUGUCCUGAACUGUAACAAAGCAGAAAAUCUUCAUGCUGAUUGAUAAAUAAAGCACAUUAUGAGUUGAUUUAAGAUAAUUUGUGAUUGUGAUA